AUGGGCGACAUUGAGCCUGCCUCUUACGCCUUCAUCCUCUUCUUCCUCUACUGUAUACUGGCGUCCAUCGCCACGUUUCAAAUCGCCAGAAUCGUUUGCUAUGGGCACAAUCUAUGGGGUUGGCAAUUUGGUUUCCUGGUUCAAUGCGUGCCCUUCUCCAUCCUACGCGCCAUCUUCUUCCUUCUGAUUGAUGUUCUCGAGCUGAGCAAUAUCGCUCUCACCUUCACCAUCUACUGGCACGUCCCCCCCGCGAUUCCCAUCAACCUUCAGUUCAGCACCUUUUCUCUCCUCAUCUUGUUCUACGCGCACAUCUACUAUAAGACCGAAAAGCAGUGGGAGAGCCGGCGGCUGCCCUUCACCUUGAUCUUUGCCAUCACCAACCUCGCCUACCUCGUGGUCACCAUCGUGGCGGUGUCUCUCGUGGCGACGGAGGGCACGCAGGGCGAUUGGGAAAACAAGAUGUGGAACAUCGUGUCGGCGAUCGGCUUCUUCAUGCUCGUCUUCGUGCUCGCCUACUACGGCCUGCGAGUGGCUAGCCUCAUGCGCGAGGGCAAGGCCCAGAUCAGCUUCCAGCCGAAAAAGUCGUCCAACGUGCAGGUGGUCUCGGUGACCGCCGUCAUCUUCCUGUUGUUCACCACGCGUGCCAUCUUCAACGGGUUGGAGCUGAAUGAUCUGGGCAUGUUUGCGCUCUUCUUCGUCUGGGAGAUCGUGCCGACCAGUCUUGUCAUUAUCCUCUUCUGGCGGAUACCGAGCCCGAGGCGCCAGCAGGCGCUGCUGCCCAACGCACAGGCCGUGCCUUUCCUCGUUAGCGCGGUGAACGAGACAUAUUCGACCGAUACAACGGUCAGAACCUCGCUGUUCGACAACCCACAGAGAUACGACUCAGACGAAGACAGCCCCAACUACAGCGCCUCUCCGCGAUUCUACCUGCCGGCCAACUCGCCGUAUUCCCCCUACGAUACCAACCCCACGCCGCCCUCGUACGGGGUGCUCUCGCGAGGCGGGGAUUCCGAGCUUAGUUCGAGUUGA